UACGAGAUUUUGGGGAACUCUCAAUCUUCAGAUGUACAUUUAAAGCGCCCUAUCUUCUAAGUUCUAUUGAAUUUCAUCUCGAGUUGGUAACAUGGAGAAAAGCAGUACCGCUACAACUUGUACAAAGAAGGAUGAAAGCUGUAAUAAAACUAGAACUCGUAAUACGGAAACCACAUCAAGCAAUGAAGAAACAAUGUUCUUUCGUGAUGUUAAGGCGUUUAUUAUUCCUUCUGGCAUAGGACAUAAAAGGCUUGAAUUAUUCCAAAAGCAGUUAACUAAGUAUGGUGGAAAUGUAGAACAAACGCUUACUGAAAUGACCACUCAUAUUAUUGUUGAUGAGUCCAUCGAAUGGUUAAAGAUUUGUAAAAUUUUAAAAGGGAAUGAAAUAUUUUCAACUCUCACAAAAGUAGGCCAAACGGUAAAUGUAGUUACAACACUUUGGUUAAGUAACAGUCUGAAAGAAAAGAAAUAUUUGGAUUGUAAAGAUUUCGAGAUACGAAAAACUAAUCCAGCUAUGAGUAUGACUAAUGAAAUUUCUUCUAGUUCCAAACAGAACAACAGUUAUAAGUCAAAUACAAAACCCAGUGCUAGAAGUACAACUAAAUAUGAAUCUUUAAGAUGGUCAAAAGCUUUAGAUACGUCUCAGAGAAUUUCAAACUGCAAUAGUCCUAAUAAAAAAUCCCUAAAUAUGGACCAAGCUGUCAAUCAAUUGAAUCAUAUAAAAACUAAAAAUUUGAAAAGAACAUCAGAAACUUUGAUUUUGCAUUCACAAGCUUCAUCAAGCAAUGUUAAUGUUUUGGAGGAUAUUGACAUCUUAGCUAACAGUAAUAGUAGUAACACUAAUAAACAAUUUAAAUAUAUGGAUACAAAAGUGGUUGAUACAGAGAGUUUAUUCAGGAGUGAUAUUGAAGAUGGUGAUUACAACUUAACAGGUGAAGGAAAAGAAAUGGGUUCUGAUGUCAUUUCUCCAAAUAUUGCAAAUACCAAUAAAAAUAAAAGAGAAACUUCACCUGCUAACUUAUCUAUGUCGGACAAGUGGGUAUGUGCCAGAUCUUCACGGCAGCAGACUACAAAUCUCAACUAUGAUAUAACUGUGAAACUUGAGGUGUUAGCUGAAACAUAUAAGAAUACAAAAGAUCAGUGGAGAGCAUUAGGAUACCAGAAAGCCAUCAGUGCUUUGAAAAACCAUCAUAAGAAAAUUACUACCUGGGAGGAAGCUAGGUCUUUGCCUGGCAUUGGAACUCAACUCGCAGACAAAAUAUGGGAAAUAAUUCAGAGUGGACAUUUAAGAAAAAUCGAUGAGGUUUGCUGUAGUGAACGCAACAGUGCCAUUGGUCUUUUCACAAAGGUUUGGGGAGCAGGACCUUCCACUGCUGAACUUUGGGUACAGCAGGGAUUUCGCACUUUAAAAGAUUUGAAAACAAAAGCGAAGCUGUCUCGCCAGCAGCAGAUAGGACUAAAAUAUUUUGAUGAGAUACAAGACAGAAUGUCCCGUGAAGAAGCUGGUGAAAUUUUCAAUACUGUUCAAGAAUCAGCCUGGUUAGUACAACCAGAAUUGGAGUGUAUAGCAUGUGGCUCGUAUAGAAGGGGAAAAAGUAACUGUGGUGACCUUGAUGUUCUUAUUACACAUCCAGAUGGAAAGUCCCAUGUUGGAGUUUUACCCAAAAUUGUUGCACUACUUCACUCAACAGGAUUUCUAACUGAUGACCUUGUUAGUUGUGUAGAAACAGGAAAUCAAAAGAAAUAUAUGGGAAUAUGUAAGCUAUCUGGAGUGAACAAAAAGCAUCGACGACUAGACAUCAUUGUUGCUCCAAAAAGUGAAUUUGCCUGUGCCUUGUUGUAUUUUACUGGAUCUGCACACUUUAAUCGUUCAAUGCGCUUGCUAGCUCGAAGAAAAGGAAUGGCUUUGUCUGAAAGCUCACUAAGAGAAGGAGUAAUUAGAAAGGGUCAAGAACACAUAAUGGAAGGAUACCCAUUACCAACCCUCACUGAAGAAUCCAUCUUUGAUUAUUUAGGGCUAGAAUAUAGAGCUCCAGAAGAGAGAGACCAUUAAAUAAUUUGAGUGUAUACAUGUUGAUUUUAUUUUGCUUUAAAAGAUUAUAUUAAUUAUCCCCCCUCUUUCUUUUUUUUUAUGUGACCCUUCUUUUUGGUUGGUGUAAAUUGUUAUGAACUUCAGAGCCUAUCAACUAUUGAAAUUCUAAUAAUUAAUAAACUUUAAUAAAAAUUUUAUGAUCAAUUAGAAGUUUUUGAAAAUACAGGCAUAUUUGGUAAACUUGAUAAACCCUAGUUUUGAUAGUGCUUUUAUUUUAGGAUUAUAAAAUAUACAAUUAAUAGGGAAGUGUAUACUUAUAUUAAAAGAAUGAAUUCUGUUAGAACCUGUUGCAUAUGGUUGUUUAACAAUUUGGCAAUAAUUAAAUUAUAUAUAUAUAGUUAUGCAUCUUCACUGUAUGAAAUAAACUUAAUUUACACCUGAAUGAUGUAAAUGUGCUAUGGAUUUAUUUUGCCAUGUUAAAAAAGCAACAUAAAAACCUGUAUUUUAAGUGCCCAGAUUUACCACAUUAUUCCUAUAUUUCUUCCAUCUUUGUUUAAUUUUUUUUUAGUUGGAUGAGAAUACAUUAUGAAAAAAAAAGAUGCAAAACUUGUAAACAGAUGAAUAACAAUUGUUUGAACAAACUGAUAUUUCUAAUUAUUCUGCAGUGUGAGAAAAUAAAUCAAAUAGUGUAAUCAUA